CCCCGUAGAAAAGCCGCGCCUAGAUUGCGCGACACUCUUCAGAGAGAGGACAUUCAAAAGUCGAGAGAGUCUGCAACCUUCUCUUUCUUUCCCUCCUUCCUUCAACUCUAUCAACUGUUAUGGAAUUUGACGCCGAUGACAUUUUCAGAGACGACGAAGACGACCCAGACAAUGAACUCUAUCAGGAAAGGGAAUCCACCAAGGACCUCGUCGUCUACCUCGUUGAUGCUUCCCCUAAAAUGUUCUCCACCACUACUCCAGCCGGAGACGGGAAGGAUGAAACUCACUUUCAUGUUGCUAUCAGUUGUAUCUCCGAGUCUCUCAGGAAACAAAUCAUUAAUGCCUCCUACGAUGAAGUUGCCAUAUGCUUCUUCAAUACCAGGGAAAAGAGAAACUUGCAAGAUUUAAAUGGUGUUUAUGUGUUUAAUGUUGCUGAGCGAGAGUAUCUGGACAGGCCAACAGCAAGGCUGAUAAAAGAAGUUAGUAAUGUAGAAGAGUCAUUUAUGAGCAAAAUUGGGAGUCAGUAUGGUAUUAACUCUGGGUCUCGAGAAAAUUCUCUUUACAAUGCCCUUUGGGUAGCCCAAGCACUUCUGCGUAAAGGAUCUGCGAGGACAGCCAAUAAGCGUGUUCUUUUAUUUACAAAUGAAGAUGAUCCAUUUGGCAGCAUUAAAGGAAUCAUAAAGACAGACAUGAUUAGAACCACAUUGCAGCGGGCUAAAGAUGCACAAGAUCUUGGCAUCUCAAUUGAACUUCUUCCAUUGUGUCACCCAGAUAAUGAUUUCAAUGUUUUGACUUUCUACUCCGAUUUAGUUGGACUCACAGGUGAUGAACUUGCUCAAUUUAUGCCAAAAGCGGGAGAAAAAUUGGAAGAUAUGAAGGAUCAGCUAAGAAAGCGAAUGUUCAAGAAACGGAUUGUUAGAAAAAUCACUUUCUCAAUUGCCAAUGGACUUUCAAUUCAACUCAGUUCAUAUGCUCUAAUCCGUCCCACUGUUCCAGGAGCAAUCACCUGGCUUGAUUCGGUCACUAACCGUCCUUUGAAGGCCGAAAGAUCUUUUGUUUGUGCUGAUACUGGUGCACUGGUACAGGAAUCUGUAAAACGGUUUCAACCCUACAAAACCGAAGAUAUCAAGUUCUCAGUGGAGGAACUUUCAGAGAUCAAAAGAAUUUCUACCGGACAACUUCGACUCCUUGGCUUCAAGCCUUUAAAUUGCUUGAAAGACUAUCACAACUUGAGGCCCUCAACCUUUGUGUUCCCUAGUGAUCAGGAACUGAUUGGUAGCACACGUGUUUUCAUUGCACUACAUAAAUCCAUGCUACGGCUAAAGCGUUUCGCAGUUGCAUUUUAUGGUAGUUCAUCUCGUCCUCAACUGGUUGCUCUUGUUGCUCAAGAUGAAAUAAUGAGUGCUGGUGGUCAGGUUGAGCCUCCGGGGAUGCACAUGAUAUAUCUUCCUUAUUCCGAUGACAUUAGACACACUGAAGAGCUUCUUAUGGGUUCAGAUGCUGCAGCGUCUCAUGCAAGUGAUGAUCAAAUUAGCAAGGCUGCUGCUUUAAUCAACCGUCUAGACUUGAAAGAUUUCUCAGUUUUCCAAUUUUCUAACCCUGCCCUGCAGAGACACUAUGCAGUAUUGCAGGCCCUGGCUCUGGAUGAGGAUGAUAUACCGGAAAUUAAAGAUGAAACUUUACCUGAUGAGGAAGGCAUGUCUAGACCAGGAGUUGUUAGAACAAUAGAAGAAUUCAAGCAUUCCGUUUAUGGAGAAAAUUAUGAUGAGGAAAGUGAAGUUGGAAAUGCCAAAGUAAGUGAGACCACCAAAAAGCGAAAAGCAGCUGCUGAAAAUGCAGUUAAAGAGAUUGCUAAGCAUGACUGGGCUGACCUUGCAGAUAACGGAAAGUUAAAGAAUUUGACUGUCAUGGACUUGAAGUGCUAUUUGACAGCAAAUAAUCUUCCAGUAGCUGGGAAGAAGGAAGCAUUGAUCAGUCGAAUAUUGACUCACAUGGGGAAAUGACCAAGGCGGGCCAUCUCUUUUUCGCAAUACUGAAUGCCAUGUUUUGACCAAGGCGAGCCAUUGCCAUGAGUGGUACGUCCUGAGCGUUUAUGUACAUAUCAUCGGGGAAGUGAAGGAUGCAUUACAUGGUGAUGGCGAUCAACUCACUAGAUCAUACUAUCCUAGGAUUAGAACACAUCGUAAUAUAAUGCAAAUUUGAUGUAAGCGUUUUAUGUAUGACAUAGUGUUUGGUUUCAUCUUCUGAUUACAUGUAGGGAAAAACAAGAGAGUCGGUUCAUCUCUUUCAAAGAAAGUGUUCAGGUUUAUCUUCUGAUGAAUGAUGAUAUGUAGGGAAAAACAGAUGACUCCAAUAUUAAGUAGAUGUCAGCUCAUCUCAUCUCCACAUAAUUUUGUUGGGUUUUGUUAUUCUAUUGAAAUUCCACAAGUUCUUGAAAUGAUGUAAUCGCUUCAUGAAAGCUUGUGAAAUUGAAUACUUGGUCCAAAACAAUAGGAUUAUCAAUCAGUCUUGCUUGUUAUAUACCAAAAAGUCAUAUAAAAUCGAACACAAUAAUGCAAGCAGAUGAAAUUGCUUUU